CCAGGCAUAAUUUAUUUAUGUCCCUCCCUCUCAGUACUACUUGUCAACCCCCCCUCUUGUACGCAAUGAACUUCCCUGAGAUUAACCCUAACCAUGAUUUCUCUUAUUUCAAUGAAGGUUUCGACCCGCCGGCGACUGAGUUUCAGGUGUCAGAUUACCUCAUGCUUGAUGAUGGAUUUGGUGAAGAUAAUUCAUCCUCACAAAGUAUGGCAUCAUCGGAGCAAGUUCCAAGUGGUUCAUCAAGCGGAUAUAGUGGUGCAACAUCGAGAAAUAAUAGCAUAAAAUGCAAGAAUGGAGUGAAGAAAAAUAAGAUAGAAGGGGGGCAUAGAGUUGCGUUUAGAACAAAAUCAGAGCUGGAGGUGAUGGAUGAUGGAUUUAAAUGGAGGAAGUAUGGAAAGAAGUCAGUCAAGAACAGCCCACACCCAAGGAAUUACUACAAAUGUUCUAGUGGCGGAUGCGAUGUAAAGAAGAGAGUAGAGAGGGACGGAGAAGACUCGGCUUAUGUGAUAACUACAUACGAUGGAGUGCACAACCAUGAAAGCCCUUGCAUGGUGUAUUAUAAUAACCAGAUUCCUCUCGCGGUCCCUAAUGCUUGGACCUUCCAGGAUUCUUCUCCUCACUCUUCUUCCUCUUCCUAGUUAAGAAUAUCCACAGCCUUUUAGUACUUCAAUUCACUUCACAUCCUCGUUUAGAUAUUGAGGAUCAGCAUGCAUGCUGUGUAUUAUGCUGGAGAAAUUACCAUGUAACUCCUUCUCUUUUUUUGAUAACUGAGAUUGAAAAGUUACUUAAUGUAUCAAAAGUAAUUAGUGAUA